AUGGGGGGCGGAGAGUUUUCAUAAGCCACAACAGAGCCUUAAAACAACUUGUUCUCCGGCGUUGGCCUUGUACUUUGUUGCGCUUCCUUUGUGCUUCAAGGGCACGUAGACGUGACAAUGCUUAGGUUGGCAGUGCUUCUCCAGGGGUUGCUUCUUGCAGCUCGCUGUGAGGUCAGAGCCAGAGACCCAGAGGUGGAGGAAGAAGACUUAAGGGACACAUCGGAUGAUGCAGGAUUGAGGCAUGAACUCCCAUUGGCAGGAUUUGGGACACCUUAUCAUGGUGAAGGAUUACAUGGGAAGAGCCCAGAUGUCUAUGGAGCUAUCCACCAUCCCGUGGGUCAUGGACACCAUGGGCAGCAUCCAUCUGUGGAUGUCUCUGUGGGCGUGGACCCAACAGCUAAAACUGUGAGCCAUGGAUCUUUUCAACGCACCGGGAAUUGGUGUAUGUUUGUCCAAAAGCGUGCUUAUAGUGUGGCAGUAUCCUGUGGAACGGAGAAGUACACUAUCCAGUCCCAGAGUCCCUGUCCUAAUAGCACUCCAGACUGCCAGAUUGUCAUGUACAAGCUCUCUACUCGGCCAGUCUACAGACAAAUGCAGAAAAUCUAUACUGCACUGCAAUGGCGAUGCUGUCCUGGACAUGCUGGGACGAACUGUGAGGAGACAGACGGUCAUGUUUCUGACUCUAAAGACUCCACCAUAACAAGAAGUACACAUCCACGAGGACAUGAAGCUAUUAUCGAAGGACAUGAACUGACUGAGCAGAUAGAGAAGCAAAACAGGGAGCAAAAUGACUCCCAAAUGUUUGGGGGUCCGUUGUAUGAAGCUCAACAACCAGAUGUGGAGAAUCAAACUGUGGGAGAGUCCAGCGAUGCAACUGAGCACAGCUCUCAUCCUGACCAUGAACACCACAGUCAGGACUUUGAGAGGAGAGAUCCUUAUGCUGUAAAUGAAGGCAUGGUUCAUCCUGAUACACCUUACCUUCACCAUGCGCUUCUGCCAAUUCUGAAAGAAGCCGUGUUGGCUCAGCUGCAACCUGUGUUGGAGAAUUUCAAUCUAACCAUGGAGCGCCUCUUUCAGGAGGUGAAAGGCUUGCAGCAGGACAUGGCUCAACUCAAGGGCCAUAGUCAAGGACAAGGGAGGGUCAAUGAACCUCUGGAGUUUGAGGGUGAGGAGUACAAUCAACGGGAGACUGUUGAGAUGGAGUUGAGUGAGAGCCUACAGAAGCUGGAGGAGGUGAAAACUCACUUUCACAACCACCGCAAUGAGGUCGAAGAGAAACUCCAUGCACAACACAGCAUUUUGGUCUACAACCUGACCAAUUUCAAGACCGAAAUGGACCUCAAAAUCAAGCGUACACAAAAGAUGUUACAGGUGAAUCUACACGCCCUGAACUCAUCAAUGUCUGAAUUGCGGCAGGAGCAAGAGAGGCUGGAUGAGGAACUUCAAAGGGUCUGGCCUGAAAAGACGACUACACAAAGUCAGCCUCACGAGAGCCCAGCUGUUUGGGAAGCCAUCACCCGUCUGGACAACAAAGUUAUCAGUAACAUGGAAAGACUCAGUGCCUUGACUGAAGGCCAAGAACAAGUAACAAACAACAUCAAAGACCUCCAAAAUAGAUCGAGUCAUUUGCAAGACAAAAUAGCCCAAACCGGCAGAGAAUAUCAGAUUAAGUAUAUGGAGACUGGUUUGGAGGUGGAUGCAGCCAAAGUAACAGUGCUUGACCAAAUGAAAGAGCUAAGCAACAAUAUCAGCAUUGUCCAAGAAGCUCUGCAGGAAAUGGAGGUAGAUGUUGACUAUCUCUUUACACGGUACUACAAGAACAUAAGCGCUGGGGAUUGCAACUGUUUGGAUCUCAGAACAUCUGUGGCAGAACUGCAAAAAGCUGUAGCUGAUGUGAUGGAGAUAGCGAAUGAGAACAGGCUGACCCAGCGUGGUUACGCAGAGGAGAGGUUGGACAAUCUGGAAAAUGUCUGGGUACCAUCUGUGGAAGAUUUGAAACUAGGACUUCUCAAUGUGCAGAAGUCACUGGCGUUCGAACAGGAGAAGAGUAGGAUGUUACAGCAAAAUAUAACCCAGCUUCAGGUCUCCCUCCUGGGCAGCCAGCAAAACAUCGAAGCACUUCAGGAACAGGACAGAGAUAAGGAUGAGAAGAUUCAGCAGCUAGCAAGCACUUUUAACACACUGCUGCAGGAUGCCAUUCGUCACUCGGACAUCCUGGAAGUCUUGCUUGGAGAAGAGGUAUUGGAGUUUAUGGAAUGGUCUGAUCGGGAGCAAAGACAAUACUCUAUACCGGCAUUAAAGGAAAGCAUCAAGGACAUCCUGGAGAAGAUCAAUGCACACAGCGUUAGCUUGGCAUCACUUUUGAACUCGGCUGCCCCUCAGGUGACUCCAGCAGAUGAACCCUCAGUGCUUGCAGACUGGGACCCCAAAUUGAGACAUGGGGAUCAAAGAUUCGAUCUAUCUGAAAAACAGACAGAUUACUCUGACAGUGAUUUUGGGAUUUUAGAGGAAACCGUGAAAGAACUAGGGGCUCGCAUCCGACAUCUUGAGAAUUACCGCUGUCCUUCCUGCUGCAACUGCACUAAAACUGUUACGUCUACUGGUAUGGAGGUCAGACUGGAGGAAGAGGUGGCUACCUUGCGUAAAAACCUUAAGGUUCAUCUUGAAGCGUUUAAAAGCAUUUUUAGUAACACAGAAGGACUUGUUGCCUCAGAGGCUUCUAUCGAUUUGGAUAGAUUAUCAGCUCUGAUAAAGAAAUAUGAAGCAAAGCAGCAAAAAAAGAAAACAAAGAGACCGAAAAGAGGAGUUCCAGUUGAUUUCCGCCGCAGGAGGGAUGCAUCACUGGAAUCAGGAGUGCUUCAUCAACUUCCCGACACUCCGUUCAUGUUUCUGGCCAGCAGCCCAGAUGGUGCUAAUGGAUCUGGCACCGUUCUUUUUGAACGUGUGGCCCUAAAUCACGGACAAAUAUACUCACCCAAAACUGGCACAUUUCGUGCACCUACCUCGGGUGUCUACCUCUUUGUGGUGACACUGGACUUUGGACCGGGCCCUUCCUUGGCCCAGUUAAAGAGAGGUGGAGAUGUUGCUGCCUCCUUGCGCCAAACCCAGAGGAAGCUGGGUGCACCUGCCACACGCGUCUGUAUCCUGCAGUUGGAACAAGGAGAGGAGGUUCAUCUGGAACUGGUGCAGGGAAAUAUAGAGCGCAGCAACCCACAAGAUAACACUUUUGCAGGUCUACUAAUGCUACAGACCACCUGAAGACCUGCUAGGGUGCAAAAAAACUGUUAAAGACACCAAAAAAUUCAAACCACCAGAUUUUUCUUUCUGUAUGUGAGAGACUAAAAAGGUUGUUUGUCAGAACUGGUGACACGUUAUUGUGAGACUGCACUGCUGAUUUGGCCUUGCUUUACUGACACUAAAAGAAAAGUCCGUAUUAUAGGAACUCAAAAUGUUUUAUGCAAACAAAUGCAUUUUCCUAUAGGUUACAUAAGCAGUCAAGUUUUCAAGAAAUAAAAAAAAAUCAACUUACACGUUUAAAUGAAAAAUUUAAAUAGAAAGAAAAAGUGUUUAGGUGUUACCAAUUUAAAGGAUUAGUCAAUUUUCUUAAAAAAAUCCAGAUAAUUUAUAUAAUGUCUUUCUUUGUUCAGUCGAGAGGAAAUUAUGUUUUUAGAGGAAAACAUUCCAGGAUUUUUCUCAUUUUAAUGGACUUUAAUGGAACCCAACACUUAACUCAACACUUAACAGUUUUU